CAAUCUUUCAUCUUCUUCUUCAUCCCCAGCUGCAGCCCUAAAUGAUCAUGACACUACCCUCCAUCGAUCGUCGGAUCCAGUCCCUCUUUCCUGUGGCACUGGCCUCUUUUCUCAUCCUAGGGACCGCGCAGCUGGUCCUUGAUGCCAUGAAGAACAACCACAGCCAAAUUCAGCAGCUGUUUUACUCAGUUGGGAGGGAAGAGCACAGGAGGCUGCCUGUUGUUCUUUCUAAGGAAGAUAGGAUGGAUGAAGGGUGCAAUGUGUUUGAAGGGCAAUGGGUGUGGGACAAUAAGUCAUAUCCCCUCUAUACAGAGGAGAGCUGCCCUUACUUGGUGAAGCAGGUGACUUGCCAGAGGAACGGAAGGCCUGAUUCUUUGUAUAAGAAUUGGAGGUGGCAGCCUAGAGCUUGUAAACUCCCAAGGUUCAAUCCAAAGAAGUUAUUGGAGAUUUUGAGGGGGAAAAGGCUGAUGUUUGUUGGAGACUCAAUACAGAGAGGCCAGUUUGAAUCACUGGUCUGUUUGGUACAGUCUGUGAUUCCUGAUGGAAAGAAAUCACUUGAAAGAAUACCUCCCAUGAAGAUCUUCAAAGCCAAGGAAUACGAUGCCUCGAUUGAAUAUUACUGGGCUCCCUUCAUCACUGAGUCCAUCUCCGAUCACGCAACGAAUCACACUGUCCUAAAGCGGCUGGUCAGGCUAGACUCCAUAGCAAAACACGGCGAAGAAUGGAAGAAAGCUGAUAUUUUGGUGUUUGAGAGCUACGUAUGGUGGAUGUACAAGCCUACCAUCAAUGCGACGUAUGGAUCAAAUGCCAAUGUCAAAGAAUACAAUGUGACAACUGCAUACAGAAUGGCAUUGGAAACUUGGGCAAAUUGGAUAGACUCCAACAUCAACCCUCUGACUCAGAAAGUACUUUUCAUGAGCAUGUCUCCUACACAUCUAUGGAGCUGGGAAUGGAAGCCUGGAAGCGAUGAGAACUGCUUCAAUGAGACGAAACCGAUCCAGGGUCCAUACUGGGGGACAGGUUCUAAUCUUGAAAUAAUGAAAAUAGUUGGAGAUGUGUUACGAGAUCUAAAGAUUGACGUGAAGUUUUUGAACAUUACCCAGUUGUCAGAAUUCAGGAAAGAUGCUCAUACCUCGGUUUUUACUGAACGGAAGGGCAAGCUCCUAACGAAGGAGCAGAGAUCUGAUCCGAAAACUUAUGCAGACUGCAUCCACUGGUGCUUGCCUGGAGUUCCUGAUACAUGGAAUGAAAUUUUGUAUGCAUAUCUAUUACAAGAUUACCGAAAUUUUUUACCACCCCAAUGACAAUCAAGAGCAGAGCAUGUAUAAAAGCAAGAGGAUCUAAUGGCCAUACUGCGAAUUUUAGGGAUCAAAACUCCCCAACAUGAGCGAGUCUUCAACAUGCAAAUAAGAGAGGAAUGGUAUCAUCACAACAAUCAAAUUUAUUAUCUGUAG